AUGUCGUCAAAGAAGGCCGGAAACAAGGGAGGCGUAGUCGCAAACGUCGUUGGCGCCGUUACUGGCAGCAGCAGCGGCGACAGGAAGAAGGCGACGGCUGUCACUCAGAGCUCGAGGGCUGGUCUUCAGUUCCCCGUCGGCCGUGUCCACCGUCAACUCAAGGGCAAGACGGCCAACAACGUCCGAAUCGGCGCCAAGGCUGCUGUCUACACCUGCGCUAUUCUCGAGUACCUCACCGCCGAGCUCCUCGAGCUGGCAGGAAACGCAUCCAAGGACCUGCGCGUCAAGCGUAUCACUCCCCGUCACUUGCAGCUCGCCAUCCGCGGUGACGAGGAGCUCGACUCUUUGGUUAGGGCUGUCAUUGCGGGCGGUGGUGUGCUGCCGCACAUCCACAAGAGCUUGAUCAAGCCGAAGGCGGGCAAGAAGAGCGAGUAA